GUUCGUUUCAAUGUAAAUUGUAAUGUAACUGUUUUAGAAAACUUUAUCUAAUGUGUGAGCUUUAGUUUUCUGAAGGAAACAACACAAUGGAAGCAAAUGAAGAAUAAAUGUAUUUGACAUUCCAUUUUAUCAGGUGGCAGCACUUCUAAAAAAGAAGUCCAUCCACUGCAUUUUUUCUUUAGCAUACGUAAGAGAGCGCUACCGCAUACUGAACAGUUUCGGAGCGUCAACCCAAGAGUGCGACAGUCAAAACUUGAGGCGCGCAAUAAUAGUGUGCGUGGUAGAUCUCAGGUAGAGGCGCGCGUUUGAUUCUUCACUCUGCUCGCUGCGCUUCGAAAAACAGGACAGCUCGGAAUACUGCUUGACCUCGACGUGCAAUGCCUUCUACCGGCCGGGGAGAAAUUUCGGUCGGAGGUGGGGAAGGGCAGGAUGGAGGACAAGGGGACUGAGGUCUGCGUGGACUGGAGACAAGAGCGCGCGAUGGAGAUGACUGCUCGUCUCUCGCACUUCAACUCCAAGGUCGACGGCAGAAACUGUGACGGGCUUGUCAACCACAACGGGGAAACUACGGAGAUAACAGUGUCGCUGUCGGGGAAGAGACUCAGCCCGAUAGAGGGGGGAAAUCUUUACAGACUGCGUGAAAGAAAGUUCCUUUUGGAAGACAAGAAGCGCCUCUGCACGUGGGCACUGGGAACCGCGUUAUUAGGGAUUCUGCUGAUGAUAUUACAUGCUGAGCUGUGCCCAAUAGUAUACCAACCAGGAUCCAUACAUGCCCUCUCCAUAAAUGGCCUCAUUAGCUUCUCCACUGGGUGUCUGCUCAUCCUCAUCAUUGCCUUCCAUUAUAAAGACAUCAGACUUUUCAUCAUUGACCACAACCAGGUGGACUGGCGCAUCGCCAUGACCAGUAACCGGGUGCUUGGCAUCUCCCUAGAGCUCAUUGUGUGUGCUAUCCAUCCUGUGGCCACCUACCUGAGGCCCGAUAUGGGGAACAGGUUAGGGGGGAAAUCAGAGGGAAAUUCCUCUGCUCCCCUCUGCUUGUCCUCCAGCCACAAAGAAGUCAUGCUAGAUGUGGAGUUGCUGCUGUCGGCACUGAUGUUCCUGAGGCUGUAUCUGGUGCACAGAGCUGUCCUGUUACACAGCAAAGUGCUCCUCAGUGCCUCUUAUAGAAGCAUCGGCUCCCUCAACAAUAUAAAUUUCACCUUCCGCUUCGUGCUCAAGGUGUUAAUGAACCAGUAUCCGGCCCGCACCCUACUGGUCUUCAUCAUGUUCUUCUGGCUCUCAGCAGCUUGGAUGCUUCGACUGUGCGAAAGAGUUAACCAGCACCAGUUACUCUCUGUCUCCACCUAUAGGCAGGAACAGGUGGAGACAGGCGGUAUGGACACAGCAUUGUGGCUCAUCGCCAUCACCUUCCUUACAGUGGGCUAUGGAGAUGUGUCCCCUUGUACUAGCUGUGGCAAGGUGGUAUGUCUCUUCACAGGCGUCAUGGGUGUGGCAUGCACUGCUAUGUUGGUAGCUGUCAUGACUAAGAAGCUGGCUCUCAACAAAGGGGAGAAACAUGUGCACUUCUUCAUGAUGGACAUCCAGAUAUCCAAGAGAAUCCGGCAUGCGGCAGCCAAUGUGCUUAGAGAAUGCUGGCUACUACACCGCACCACUCAAGCGAAGGACAACAGUGGUGAGCAUCGCCAUCAUCAGAGAUGUCUGCUGGAGGCCAUCCGUGUAUUUCGUCACCUGCGGCUGAAGCAAAGAAAGCUAAGGGACUAUGCCAGUGAGAUGGUGGAUCUCUCAAAGAUGCAGAUGAUCAUGUGUGAUUUAAGUGCAAACUGGAACAGCUCUUAUCAUGAGCUUGAGCAGAGAAUCAUCUCCAUGGAGCAGAAGCUUGAUGAGCUGGGCCGCUCCUUUCAGACCACCUCUGAGUUACUCACCCAGGUGCUACAUCACCGCAGACUGGACCACAGGUGACCUGUGACAACUCUUUGAAAUCCAAAAUGAAGGCUACUUUAUUCUUCAUUCUCUGAGUGUUGUCCAAUUAAAACUGCACAGGCCAUCUGCUGCACUGAGCAAAUGGAGGAAUUUUAUGAUGAACCAUUUUUUUACAGCAACAACCACAGAGGACUCCUUGUUUGUUAGUGACAAAAAAUAAUUACAACAGAAGUUCUGGAACAAGGACAAUGCAUGUGUAUUUAUGAUGGUGAUGUUUAUGUGGCUAACAUUUCCUUUAUGCUGCAGAUAUGAACUUGGGAAUCUUGGGCUUGACCUUUGGUUGCUUUAAAUGUUUGGGAUUAUCAUAGAGUUUGUUCAUAUUUGAUACCAAAACUAUGAUAAUAGGGAGUUUCUGGUGUUACACUAAUGGACAAAUGCAGUUUCCUUGUAAAACACAGGUUCACACAGCCCUGUGUAGUUUGUGACAUUACAAAAAGGAUGUGAAACAUUUUUGUUUUAUUUUAUUACAAACUAGCUGUCCCUCUAUAGAUCAUAUUUAUUGGUGACAUUGUGGAAGUUACUUAUCUUCAAGCUCAAGAAUGUAGAGUUCAGAUGUUCCUCUCAGAUAUUCAAAGUAGAAAUCAUACUGAGCAGCCAGAUUAUAAUUGUAUGUAUCACUUCCUCUAUGUCUCUAAUCUAUUUUGAUACAAUAUGUUACAUGUUGCAAAAGAACAUGGAACAACAGAUACAUUUAAAUGCGCAUAUUACCUGGGAAUGAGACAUUAACCCUCUGAUGUAUGAUGUCCACUACAGUGACAGAUAUUUAACAUCUAUUUUUGAUCAUUCAGGGUGUGACAUUCACAUUCAAACCACCAUGGAUGAUGACCUUUGACCAUUUAUUUCCAGGGAGAGAUCAUGAUUUAUGUUAUUUUUAAAAAAUGCAUAGUGUCCACUACAAAUCUCUCUAAAUACAUAAUUUUGAAAACAAAAGAUUGGGAGUUAUUACAUUAUUUUUUUUUAGAAAUAAACACUAUGAUAUGCAUUUCUUUGUGAUUUAAUCAUUCAUGCAUCAGAUGGUUAAUAAAGGUCUCUGCAACUUUCUGGCAAAUUUUCCAGAGGUUACCCUAAGGAUAGGCCAGACUAUAGUUCUAUGCUUUACAUUUUAUAAUUUUUGAGAGACCCUAAUUCAGGCAGUACCACCUACACCAAAAAAAAUCUGGGAAUUACUUUUCAUGAGCCCUUUAACCUCACAGGGCAUCUGUUGAAUGACGACAUGUGGAGAGCUAAAUUAUUCCAUGAAAUGGUUUCAUGCAUUAUGGUCUUCAGAAUGUUUAUGUAACAGAAACAUCUGUGUAGCCUGACCCUGUAUUUCUAAGUUCUUUAAGAGCUGUCUGUUCUCUCAGGAGAAGAGGUUGAUUGUGUUCUGUUGUUUGUAGGUAUACCCCCCUGGUCAACAAAAUAUUCAUCACAUGUUUAAAAAUAAUUCCUAUUGAGAACUAUGCUGUUGUCCUAUGUUAUUUAGAAUGAAUUAUGCAGCAGCUUGGCUUUGGAGUUAAGUUUUCAAAAGAAACUGAAUCCCUAAUGAAUACAUGAGGGCAAUGGGAACGGACUGAAAGAACCUUCUUUUUCUAACUGGAGCAUGAACAAAAUUUCAGCUUUUACUGCUGUCUUCACACAUUUAAAAAUGUUGGCACGAUGAAAGCCAUUAGUGGAACAAAUGAAUGGCACCUGACUCAUUAUUUGACCAAUCAUUAACUGUUUCUUUUCACAAACGAUCUAAAACCAAACACAGUGAAGUAAACCAGAACAUUUGUUUGAUUUUGGACUAAAGAUAAGUUCAUCAUUAAUUUUUUGUUGUUGUAUUAUGUUGUAUUGUGAAAUCAACAUUUAAAAAAAAAAAAAAAAUGAAUAAGAGUUUACAGGAUAAUUUUUGCACAUUUUAAUAAAGCCAUCUCAUGUUAAUAA